AUGGCCGAGCCGCCGCCGGCCGAGGAGGCCCUCGCCGCUGGCGCGCCGGCGUUGCCGGCGCUGCCGGCGGCAGCGGCCGCGGACGAGGACCUGGAGUGCACGAUCUGCUUCGAGGAGCUCUCGAACGUGGGCGGCGCCAUACCGCUGCCGUGCGACUGCAAGGUGACGUACUGCUCGAGCUGCUGGGACUUCGACCGCGCGCUGGCCGCCAGCAUGUCGGUCACUGGCAGGGGCUCGUGCCCGUCCUGCCGCAGCGCCAUGCGGGUCAGCUUCGACGCCGACUCGGGCAAGCUCUCGUUCUCGCGCGCCGUGCCCGACGAGUCCCAGGACGGGACAAUUGGCGCAAGCGGCUGUACGAGGAGGCCAAGCCCCUGCAGAUCCGGCUCUUGA